AUGAAACCGUCUGGCUCACCAUGUCCACUUGAUCAAAUAUCUAUCAUCUGUUUUAAACGCUGUCCUUAUUUACGCUCGUACUUAACUGAGAUAAUCCACGCAGCCUGGUCUUGCGGUGUUGUCCCGUCUGAAUGGAAGAAAGCAUGCACGAUUCUAAUUCAUAAGAAAGGAGAAACAGCAAACCCAGCGAACUUUCGACCCAUUACUCUCGAAUCUGUCCCACUCAAAGUUUUCACAUCAUGUCUUCGCAACAGGACAUUUCAGUUUCUUGCAGAAAACAAUUACAUUGAACAGAACAUACAGAAAGGUUUCACUCCAAAACUCUCAGGAACACUAGAACACACAGCACAGUUGGCACAUAUCAUUAAUAAAGCGCGAGUAAAACAACGUACGAUCACUUAUCAUAACACCAUUAGAUCUCAAAAAUGCAUUCGGCGAAGUCCACCAAAUAUUAUUUAUGAAGACCUUCAAUAUCACCACAUUCCCGAUCACAUAAAGAAUCUUGUCAGUAGCCUUUAUACUGAUUUCCAAACUUCCAUAAUAACUGAACAGUUCAAUACUUCCUUCAUUACAGUCCUUAAAGGCGAUUGUCUCAGUCCUCUUUUAUUCAACAUGUCUUUCAAUACCUUUAUCCAACAUAUUAAAUCGGAAAAAUACCGUCAACUUGGAUUUUGGAAAUCCAGUGAAAACGGUACCCCAUUAAAUCCUCUUCAUUGGUUCCAGUUUGCCGACGACGCGGCUGUUGUUAGCGGCCAAGAAAAAGAAAACCAAAUGCUCCUUAAUUGCUUUACAAUCUGGUGUCAGUGGGCUCAAAUGAUAAUACGUGUAGACAAAUGUUCAACAUUUGGCAUUAGGAAACAAGUAACCAAAUCCAUUCAAUAUCUCCCAAAACUAUUUAUAAAUAACUGUCUUGUACCACGUGUUGAACUUGGUAAAUCGUUUCGCUACUUAAGUCGCCAUUUUGAUUUCAACAUGUCCGACGAAGAUCACAAAUCUGAAGUAUAUGACACACUUACUAAUAUCCUGAAUGAAAUUGAUGAUCUACCAUUACAUCCGAAAAACAAAAUUCUCUUAUAUAGUCGUUAUGUGCUUUCCAAAAUCUCUUGGCACUUCACUGUUUCUGACAUAGGCAAAACCUGGGUUAACGAUAAACUAGAUAGUAUCGCGUCCACGUAUAUCCGAAAAUGGCUUGAACUUCCUAUUUCUGCAACCCUUAGUAACGUCCUACUUCCCCACAAUAAAUUUGGAUUAAAUAUCAUUCUUCCUUCAACCAAAUUCCUUCAAUGCCAAACUGUUUCUCGGAAAGCCCUAAAGUCGUCGCCAAAUGAAGCAAUCAAUAACCUUUGGAAGGAUACUAGCAAUCACAAAAAUGUACAAUAUGACAAAUACAAAAACACCAAGGACGUAUUAAACACCAUCAGGAAACAACAUGAAGACAAGCUUCAACACCACCUCAUUUCACAAGGCUCAUUUUUCUCCAAUAUCAUUAAACAUUCUACACUCUCAUUCAACUCUAUAUGGUCCUCCGUUCAGAGUAAACUUCCGAAGAAUAUAUUUAACUUCACUAUCCGGUAUAUAAAUAACACUCUUCCGACUCGCAAAACCUUCUGAAAUGGGGAAUAUCACCAACAUCCGAAUGUUCGUUUUGUUUGAAUCCAGAAUCACUUCUUCACGUCGUCGCUGGAUGCAAUACCUACCUAAUGAAGGACGUUUUACGUGGCGUCAUGAUUCGGUGCUUAACUUCACAGCAUCCAUACUUAAAUCUGUGAACCAUUGUAACCUUUAUGCUGGCUAUAUUAGUCCAUCUGUUAUCACCGGAGAUGAAUUGCGCCCUGAUCUUUUGAUAACACUUGAAAACAAAUGUAUUUAUAUACUUGAAUUUACCGUCGGAUUUGAAUCUAAUCUCCUCACUAAUGCAACUCGAAAAAGACAAAAAUAUCAAGAUCUAAUUAACGAACAGCUCAAAAAUUAUGAAAAAGUGAAAUUUGUAAAUUUAUCGAUUAGCUCAUUAGGAGUUUUCAGCCACCCGUCGCUAGAUUUCACCGAAAUGCUGAAAGAUCUAAAGUUUGAUAAACAAUGUAGAAA